UUGCGCCUUCCACAGGCACUCCGGUUCCACGGAGUGGGCCUUCCACGGUCCGCGGCAGGGAAGAUCUGCAAUGGACGUUGUGCCCGGACGUAAACUGUCUGGUGAAACGACUGCCGCGGGUCGGCGGGACGAUGUGCCCGUGGUUGAUCACAAGGACAAGUUCUGGAUGUUGGACUGGGUGGGGGAGAUCGGAGAACCAUCGAGUGGCCUUGUUCUAUACGUGGUCAUAAAAGAAAAUAUUGUGCAGGUUGGCGGCCUGGUGAGGUGGAGUGGACAACAUGCACCGUCUGCAAUGUUCGAGUUGACGAAGGUCCUGAAUGGAAGAGGGGAAAGGAUGUCGAAUGUUAAACACGUCGCUCUUCGAUGGGCCAAACACGCAGGAUAUGGCAAGUCGCUCGUUGAUGUAUUCAACACACCACCCAGUACGGAAGUGAAGUUGCCUAACCUCGUCGACGUCCUCGGGUUUUUCGACAGUAAUGUGAUCGCUGGCGUAGAGCCGGUUGUGCAUCCAGAAGACCGCAUAUCGGAGCCUAAAUGCGUGCUUUCGAAAACCGUGGAGACUGGGCCUUCAAUCACGAUCAGCGACACACCGCCGACUCCGAAAGCUGGGCAGAUUGGAGAGAAGGGUCCGUACUGUGGACUGGUCGUGCCGUCAGCCCCUGUGAAGUCCAGGCCAACGACAACCAAAGCAUCAGUUGCCUUGGGCAGCCAACCGCGCUAUGUAGCAGCUACCAAGGGACCUCUCCCUUUGGUGAGCCGGCAGCGCUGCGACUACACUGCGCCAAGCCGCGCAGAGAAAGCCCGUGAAUAUUUUGAAGAUGAUGAUGACGAGAACAGCGAGGAAUAUUCGGAACGAGCAGAAGGACAGGAACAGUAUGCGGUGGGUGUCGGUGGCAUGACGAGGCGCUAUGGGGAAACAAGUAAAGUGGUUGGACAGGAUGACGACACUGAGCACACUAUCAGCGAAUUGGGUAGAGAGGUUGGUCUGGCAGGGGGACUCGGAUAUGGGGGCAACGACGAAGGAUGUGAGGGGGAUGUGCAUCCAACACGAGGGAGGGUGCACCACGAGACAGUGGUUGUGACUGCGCAUACAAAUGCUGCAGGGCUUGCCGAGCGAAAGAGGAAGCACACGCAGGAGAGGAGAAGUGUUUUGGAUAGCAAACGGAGUAAGCAGGAAGCGGGUCAAAAAAGACAAUUGAAAUUAUUGUCCGUGGAUGAGGCGGUCCAGUGCACACGGGAGACUGAGGCGGCCACGAAGAAAAAGCAGCAGCCAAAGAAAAAAACGGCAAAGGGUGGUGUUAUGGAAAAGACUUCCGUUUUUCCUGCGGAACAACCACAAUCGGAUGAAGAGGUUGCAGGCAAGACAGUUACUAGGCCGCCAAGUUUGCGAAAUGUACCAUCGGAUGCUUCUUCUGGUGUCCUCAGCAAAGGCUUCUUCCUUGAGUUGGACGAGCAUGGGAACCAGUGUCCAGACAUGGAAUUCAUUUUUGUCAAGUUCGACAGAAUUCUGGAUAUCCCCGACGGGGAAUUCAGAUACAAUCAACGCUAUCUUGUGCAGCAGACGAUUGAUGACAUUUAUGACGCAAUGGUUGCAUCGGGUGAGGCUGCUAUCAGAGAGAGAACGACUGGAGCUGCUGGUGUAAAUGUUUGUGCAUUGUAUGAAAAGCCUGUCCUUUUGUUGGUUGCCCUCCGUGAUACAAUGCAUACUGACGCUUCAGGGAGGAUUGUGAGAGCAAGGAGGGUGCUGCCCGAUGAAUUCGACCUCGGCUCUGUGAACAAGUACUACUACUACCCUCUGUGCGGUCCGCAUAACGUGGCGGCGGCAAGAAGGUGUUUUGUUGAACGCCCUGACAUCGCACAAGAGCUCUGAUUGGAUCGCUGGACUGCGAGGCCUGUUUAUUAUCCGGAUAAGAGCAUGAACAAUU